GAAUUCACCCUAAUUCUUCGUUCUUCGCGUUAAUUAAACAUCACUGAUCCUCAAUCAAUCACCAUGAACAAAUCCUCAGAUGCAGCAGCGUCUCCAUAUUGCAGAGGCAGGUCCAAGAAACCCAAUCUCCGAAGCUCCAAAUCCCAACCCCCAAGCCACGUUGAGUUCAGCUCCAAGACGCCGGAGAAGCCGCCGCAGCGAAUCCGCAACCGCGGCGUAGCGCUCUCCGUCGCCGACAUCAGAAAGGCCGCCUGCAAGCGCUUGCAAGAUCAGAAGCAAUGCACUGAAACGACGUCGUCAUCGUUGUCGUCGUCGUCGUCGCUCAGCAAAAGUGUCAGGAGGCAGAUCUCACUGGGGCCUUCUUCUCCCAGUAAACCCAUGGCUACUGAAGAUGAAUCCUCUAAUCUUCCCGAAAAAUAUGAAAUUUUGGAUGAGUUCUUCAAUCGCUUGGAUACUUUGGUUUCACUGCACCGUCUGAAACGGUGGACUCCAACCUUUACUUCAUUCAGUUCACGGAUUGAAUCUUUAACUGACAGGAGGUUUACUCACAGUCAUCUAGCCCAGUUGAAAUUUAUCUUGCGUAAGGCUAUUGUUCUUAGGAAGCAUCUAGUGCUUGAUGAACGGACGAGUUGUAUGAAGCCGGAUAUUCACAUUUCUUUAGACCCAGAUGCGGUGGAGGCUGACGCUGCCAAGUUGCCCCCACAAGGUGGAAGAGUGUCGCUGAAGAAGGUGUUUCGGGCACGGUUAAAAGAAUUUUGGGAAUCUCAUCCUGAGGGUGAUGAAAUUCCAGAAGGGACAUUGCCUGAGCCAUUCAAUCGCCAAAAGAAAGACAGUGUUGUGGACAUGUUGGAAACUCCCCUACCAACAAAAUUGCCACCCUGCAUGCGCUAUAGUGACAUUGUCAAUAAUGCAGACUUAGAUGAAAAAUUGUAUGUACCUGUCAAUGCAACAGUUGAAUUCCCUAAUGAGCAUCUGGCAGCACCUUCUCACAUGGCUCCAUCCUUUAGAGCAGAUGAUGUACAGCAAAAUCCUCUGUUAGAUUCAUUGCAGCCCCUGGCUUUUCCAGUUUCAGAGUCAAGCCAGAAGGAAAAUCCACCCUUGGUGGAUACUGAAUCUCACCUGAAAACUUCCCCAGCUAAGUUUUCUUCAGAAGCAUCUAGUAGUGAAAGUUGUCUAACAAUUUGUGCUUCUCUGGAAUCAUCCAGUCCUCACCCUGCUACUCCAAGCAAAACCAUUGAGUACACAGAAAAAAAAGAUGGGUCUCUCAAGAGCAUUGAUGCCAUGUCAACACCAACAAGCAGAACAAACAAGUAUACAGAAAACAAAGAUGGGUCUCUCGAGAGCAUUGAUGCCACUUCAACUCCAGCUAAACUGGUUUCUACCCCAAUUAGGUUGAUGAGUGCCACACCUGCCUUGCGGUCACCCAAAAGACGUUAUAUGAGCCCAGAUGACCACUCUAUCAGUUCUUUGAACAAGUUGGCUCGGCAUCCAUCUCGCUCAAGGUCAUUGAAAUUCGACACUCCAGUGAAGAAUAAAGAUGAUAUUUCUGACACCCUCCAAGAAGAAUUUAUCCAAUCGAUUAGAGAAAAGGAAAGACUGGCAAUGGAGGAAAGAGACCCAGCUAUCACACAAGCAAAGAAAAGAAAGAAGAAUAUAGCUAGCAUCCCUAAGCUCUUUGACAUGAUUCGUGGGUUGCUUCGACAGCGGAAUUGUAUCACUAAAGCAGAGCUUGUAAGCAAGAUAAUCUCAACCCGGUGUGAUAUUGCUGACAGAAGUGAAGUUGAAGAGCAGCUAAAUUUGUUGCAAGAACUAGCACCAGAAUGGAUUUAUGAGAAGCAUGUCUAUAGUGGGGAUUUGCUAUUAUUCAUAAAUAAAAUGUUGAGCCCUGAAACCGUUCGAGCAUCUCUUGAAGAAGCAACAUAGGGAGCAAGGAGACAGAUAAAUUAAUUGAAAGUACUAUUGGAGGUUUAUUAAGGCCAGUGCUGUUUUGUACAGUCGUUUAGGCUUCUCGUCGAUGCACUUCAUUUUUUUGAGUUACUUGUAGCUGUCCAAUCUUGUAUAUUCUUUUUGGUUGGAUUGGCUGUGCUUUGUUGUAAAUUGUGCUCACAAUGCAGCCGAGUCAAAGGAAACACUCCUUUUUAAUCAUUUACCUUGGGUGGAUUGGCAGUGCUUUUUUGUACAGGAUAAUUAUACUCACAUCCCAAUUUAAGCUGAUCAAUAUUUUCUAUUUGAACUAGAUUAUGGCC